AUGCCAUUCCCUGCACUGAAUGCCUCCGACAUUCUCGGGCUAGGAGAAGAUCCUUCAGUUUCACAGUGGCCUUUUCCAAAUUUAGAUCCCUCAGCGACCCUCACUAUACCAGAUGAUACGGCCUUUGCAGAUAGCUCACCGAGUUUGGAUAAGACUGGGCAGUGGAACAAUCCGGCAGCGGAGACGGAUCAUUCCAUUGAUAUGAGCUGGUUACGCGAUGAAGGUCAACAACCUCGCAGUGAUCUAAAUACAACACCUCCGCUUGCAGGAUCUUACAACACCGGAGCUCCUAAUCACCACUCAUCACUAACAAUACCACAACAACUGAGCAAUCUUCCAACAGCUCUUUCUGACUUCUUUAUACCAGAAGUCAUACCACUUUACUGCGCAUGGGAUAGUCAGUCGAACCUGAUGCGAGUAGUAGCAGAGAACUCGUGGCAGUCGUCAAAGGUCCUAUAUCACACUAUGCAAAGCAUGUCAGCCGCUUGUCUAACAAGUGUCUUUCCUGAACUAUCCACCACUGCGAUUCAAGAACGUUUGAUAGCCCUUCGAUGCUUGGACGAGGACGACCCAAACACUGCAGAGUAUGUUGAAGCGAGAUUACUGGCGACAGUUCUCCUAUGCCAUACUGCAAGCUGGCAUGAUCCCGGGAAUCUAGCUAAAGAGAGAUACCAUUUGACUCAAAGGCGAGUUCUGGAGUGGAGUUCGACUUGCGGAACACAGUCUAAGCCCAUGGUCAAGUUCUUCCAGACUGCGGUUGACUACUGGGGGAUGCUUCUGUCCUUCUUUGCUGAUGUUUCGGGCAACUCUGAUUGUGAUACUCUGAUGGGGCCCUCAGAACCAUGCAACCAACCUGUGCUGCACCCUUUUGUCGGAAUGGCGGGAGAGACAGUCAAGACACUCACUGACGUUGGAAAUCUCGUCUCCCAAUACCGUUCUCGAACGUCUUCUAUCAGAUUCAUCACAGAAGAUGACAUGAACUUCUUCAAGAGCAAAAUACGAGAGGCUCGAUGCUUAGAAAAAAGACUGCUUGCAUACACACCUGCCGACACGUCCAAAAUCCAGGAUACAGGCGACCCAAGAACAAGGCUAGCUCACCUGGCCAAGAUUGACGAAGCAUACCGAUGUGUUGGUCUACUACAAAUCUACCGCGUGUUUUCUGACCUUCUGGCUGAACGAUACAACCCCUGGGAUGCAAAUCACAUUUAUUCAGCGAGACCGCCGUCCAAGGUCCUAAGUAAAGCUGAAAAGGACUACUGGUUGACGAGUCUAGCGCUUUACACCCUUGGGCUUCUUCGAGAUAUACCAUUCGAAUCGAGAAGCCGGUGCAUCCAGCCUUUGAUUCUGGUCGCUAUCUCGAGCGAAUUUCGUCGCAUGCCACAGGAUGUCACAUCGCUAGGCGCAGCGGAUGAAGAGUCACGGUAUAUGUGA